CGCGCUCCGGGGCCCGCGCUGGGGAAGCCGAGCCGAGCCGGGGCCCGGGCAGGCCCCGAAACCUGAGUAGCGCAAGAAGCGGGCGGGAGCCAAGCCCGGGAACGUGGCUCGGGCAGGAACGCGGGGGAGAGCAGCCAGCGGGCUGGGCGGGCUGCCCCGCCGCGCAGCGGGGGCUGGGGGCGGCCGCGGAGAGAGGCUCCCCGGGCGGCCCCGCUUCGGAGUUCCCCCGUCGGGCCGGGGCCGGGGCCUGGGCGAGCAGCAGGUGCCGCCGCCCGAGGCGCGGAGCCGGGCGCAGCGAGGGGCCGGUCCUCGGGGAGAAGGCGGGUGGCGGCCAGAGCCAUCAGCCGCCGCUCAGCGCGGGAGGGCGGACCGCAGCCGGUCCCGGGCUCCGACGCCCCGCCCAGGAAGAAGCCCCUUAGUCCCGGCAGCGGGCGAGAGGCGCUGCCCGGCGGAGGUCGACUCUGGUCUGCUGCCGCCCGUCCCCAGCUCUCCUCCUCCGGCCACGGGCUCGCGGAGGAGACGGACAAGGGGGGUGGGGAGAUCGGGGGUCAGGGAGAAAGAGGGAUCUGGGGGGUGAGGGGCGGGGACCGUUCUAGCCCCCCCACUGGGGAGGGGGCGUGAGACGCUUGGGGGCGUUGGGGGCGGGCAGAAGGCUGGGGGCGGCAGGAGUAGGGCACAGAGGUGUGGGGGCAGACAGGGCUGUUAAGGAACAGUAACGGUAAGAAGGAGGAGCUGUGAGUGGGGGAGAAGGCAGGGGCAACAGGUUGGGGACUUAGGGAUAGGCCACAUGGGGCAGUUAGGGAUAGGGGAGGCAGGGGAAGAAGUUGGAUGUUAAGCAGUAAGGGCAAGGGAGGAGGCGGGGCAGAAGGCGGUGGGAGGAAAGGGCAGAGGGGAAAAGGCCGUCUUGCUUCUUGGGCUCUGCUGGGCAGCACAGAGGAUGCCUGCAGGGGAGGCAAGCAAGAUUUACCCUGACACCUCACUCCGUUCUGCCUCCAGGACUAUCCAUGUUCAUUAAGGACCCAUCCACCCACAAUUGGAGCACUGGGCAAGGGGCUACAUUUUCUGGGAAAGCUCCCCAGGUGCAUAGGGCAAGGCCCCUGGGCUUAAUGCAAGGAGCAAUGGUGUAGGUCCUUUGGUCCAAUUCACAAAGGCAUUUUGCAGUAGUGUAAGCCUCCUGGCUGUGAGAGUGUCACUGCGCAGCAUGCAAAGAUGCAAGUUCCCAGAGCGCAACUGUCAUUUCCAGGAGGCACCACUGUCCUAGUGGAGCUCACCCCAGAUAUCCACAUUUGUGGCAUUUGCAAGCAGCAGUUCAAUAACCUCGAUGCCUUCGUUGCUCACAAGCAAAGCGGCUGCCAGCUGAUCAGUGCAAAUGGAACCACUAGUACAGUCCAGUUUGUUUCAGAAGAAACUGUGCCAUCAACACAGGCUCAAACCGCAACCAGAACAAUCACUUCAGAGACUCAGACCAUCACAGUUUCUGCUCCAGAGUUUGUUUUUGAGCAUGGCUACCAAACGUAUCUGCCCAGUGAGAGCCGUGAACCUCAGACUGCUGCUGUUGUCUCUCCAUCAUCAAAAACGCGUUCCAGAAAAUCCACUACUGCAGUUGUCCAAAAGAAAUUGAACUGCUGCUAUCCAGGUUGCCAAUUCAAGACAUCCUAUGGUAUGAAAGAUGUGGAACGUCAUUUAAGAACACACACAGGAGAUAAGCCCCAUAAAUGUGAGGUGUGUAGCAAGUGCUUCAGUCGCAAAGAUAAGCUGAAGAUGCACAUGCGUUCCCAUACUGGGGUGAAACCUUACAAGUGUAAACACUGUGACUAUGCAGCUGCUGACAACAGCAGUCUCAACAAGCACCAGCGCAUCCACUCAAAUGAGCGUCCUUUUAAAUGCCAGAUCUGUCCUUAUGCAAGCCGCAACUCUAGCCAGCUUACUGUCCAUCUCAGAUCCCAUACUGGAGAUGCUCCGUUUCAGUGUCGGAUGUGUAGUGCUAAAUUUAAAAUCAACUCGGACUUGAAGAGGCACAUGCGUGUGCACUCUGGAGAGAAGCCUUACAAAUGUGAGUUCUGUGAUGUCCGCUGUGCCAUGAAAGGGAACCUGAAAUCGCACAUCCGUAUCAAGCACAGCAUGGAGAACACACUCAAGUGUCCAGAGUGCGAGUUCCAGUGCGGAAACAAAACAACCCUUCGGCAUCACUUAAGAACCCAUCAGCCUGAGCAGCCAGUGAAGUGCUCAAAAUGCAACUACUCUUGCUCUAACAAGGCAGCUCUCAAGGUGCACGAGAGAAUUCACUGCGAGGAUCGCCCUUUCAAAUGUGACUUUUGUAGCUUUGAUACCAAGCAGCGGAGCAAUCUGACCACGCACGUGAAGAAAGCCCAUGGAGACAAAGUCAAGAUCAAAAAGCAAACUACUGAGAAGAAAGAGGGAGAUAAGUUAAAGCAGGGCAGCUCCAGGCAAGUAGCCAAAUUGGAUGCUAAGAAAGCAUUUAAAUGUUGCCUGUGUGAGGCUUCCUUUGUCCGAGAAGAUUCUCUUAGGAGCCAUAAGAAACAGCACAGAGAGUAUAAUGGGACCAAAAGUACUGAACUGGCUGUAUUGCAGUUGCACAUGGACCCCAGUAGGCAGACCAGUGCCCCGAUCACUGUAAGUCACCUUCAAGUUCCAAUUCAAGCCACUCAGGUUUCUCCUUACAGUGAAGGAAGGGUCAAGAUCAUUGCUGGCCAUCAAGUGCCUCAAGCUAAUGGAACAGUUCAGGCUGCUUCAGUGAAUGUUAUGUCUCCCACAUUAGUUGGCGAGAAUCAGGAGGAACUAUCUGCGAGUAGCCAGUUGCAAAUACUGCGCCAAGUCAGUCUGCUGGCACCGCCUCAUCCCCCUGUUUCUCAAAGCGAAGCUGUGUCAGUGGGGCAGCCGGCCGUUCUUCUCACUGCCCAGGACCAAAGUGACAGCAAUGCUCUCCACCAGACUUUGAUUUCUGCUGCUUCAGUCAGUAGUCACAGGGCUUCAGCAAGCCAGACUUUCAUCAAUGAUUCUGGAAUCAGCUGCUCUGACUUGGAAGGGCUCAAUGCUUUGAUUCAAGAAGGGGCAACGGAGGUGGCUGUGGUUAGUGAUGAAGGUCAGAGUAUCUCUGUGUCCACUUCAGCUCCCCCUCCUCCCAUCUUUUCCUCAUCCUCUCACACACAAGCACCUAAGCAGACCUACUCCAUCAUUCAAAGUGAAGCCCAUACAGCUUCGCUGUGUCCUGCAGACUCCAUACCGGAUUAGUUUUAAAAAACUAGCACAAAUUCCACCCUGGAUUGCCUUGUCAAGCCUUGGAGUCAGUGGGAUUUUCAUGACACUUAGUGAGGGCCAGUUUUUCAGGAGUCCUGAGAUUGGCCUCUAAAGUUCCAUUUGCACCACUUUGCACAUGUAAUCGUAUGUUGCAUUCUCACAUACUCAUACAGUGACUUGCACAUGAGGGUGUGCACAAUUACAUGUGUUGGAAACUAGAGGCUUCAGUCUUUGAAAAAUGUGAACCUGAAUAUCAAAGCAACUGUUUAAAAUUUCACAUUUUAAAAAAACUUCCCAGAGCAGGAUUUACUUUGCGCAGCAAAUGUCUUAUUUAAACAAAAUAGCUUUUUUUUAUCAGAUGCAAAGAACAUCUCGCCUUAAGAUACCAUCCCCUGUGAAAAAUCUGAGGGCAGGUCUAUAUUACGGGGGAAAGUCGAUCUAAGCUAUGCAAUUUGAGUUACGUUAGUAGCGUAACUCAAGUCGACACGUAGCUCAGAUCUGCUUUCACGGGGUGGGGGUCCAAACUACGCUAUGUCAUCAGGAGAGCGUCUCCUGUUGACAUUACGUAGUUUGGACCCCCACCCCUACUCUUUGGACUUCCCCUACUCUUUUCCAUCUGGUGCAGUACUGGAGUCGACAGGAGAGCAAUCUGCGGUCAAUUUAGCGGGUCUUCACAAGACCCGCUAAAUUGACCCCUGAUGUAUCGAUUGCCACAGCGUGGAUCCACUGGUAAGUGGAGACAAGCCCUGAGCAAGGUGGCUUUGUACAAUGAACCAAAACAGUUGUUCAGAGACCCAUUAACACCGAUCCAGCCUGUCCCAAACCUCCUCUUGCAGGUUACUAUAGGACCUACCCUGUAGCUGUGCUUUACUGCAUAUAAGCCCUGAUCAGGCAAAGUAUUUAAACAUAUGAGUAGCCCCAUUGUUUUAAGUGGAACUACUCUCAUGCUUAAAAUUGAACACGUGUUGGGUGCUUUGCUGGAUUGGGGCUGUAAUGGGAGCACCCUCUGUGGUUAAUCUGUCUGUUGCUAACAUAGUACAGCAGUGGUUUUACUUUUUGGACUUUGUACAUGGUACCAAUAAUUUCCCCAAAACAAACAUCUGUUCAUUUUUUUUAUUACUUAUUAGACAAUUCAAACUGCUGGACAUAAUUCUAAUAGAAUUUCAUAUUAUCUAGGUGCUACUAUUUAGAUGAUAAAAAAUUAACAGUAUAUUAAACAACAUUAAGAAUUAAGGGCCCUAGUCCUUCAACUGCUUAUGGAUUUGCUUAACUUCACUUGAAUAGCCCCACUGAAGUGUUUGCAGGAUUGGGGUCUAAAUUUGUAAAUGUUGAUUUUUUUUUUUUUCUUCAUUUAGAUUCAGAACCAGACUAAUCAGGAUGAAUUGGAGCCAGAUUUUCAAAAGUGCUCAGCACACAGCAGCUCCUAAUGUGACAAUUCUCACCAGACUUUUCCAAAAUGCUCAGAGCCCUUCUGGCUGAGUUUUUAAAAAAAACAUCUGGGCAUUGAUUUCGGUGCAUAAAUAGGAGCUGAGAUCUUUUCAAUAUCUGGCCAGUAGAAGCUAAAUGGAGCAUUGACAAAGAACCUGAGGUCUGAUCUGGUGUCCAUUGAAGCUGAUUGAAAGAGCUUCAUUGAGUUCAGUAGGAAUUGGGUCAGACCCUUGGCAGGCUGUUUAGCUAAUAGGCUGUAUUGCUCUCUGUAUUCCCAGAACUGUGUACACAUCAUAAUGGCAUCACAACAUGUACAUUCAAAAAGGCGGAAGACGAACCAUAAACCCCUUAGAGGUAUACUAAAAAUUGUAUCCCUGAUAAUUGUGCUAACCUGUCAUGAGCCCAUUAGCUGGUCCUGGCUCAUUUUUCGUCCCCAAGAAAUGCCCUGCACUGCAAAAGUGAUUUUGGGAUUCUAUCUACAGAUUUAUGGUAAUUGCUAAUUACAGGAAAAGUCUAUUGAAGUCAGUAGGAAUUGGGGGCACUUAGCACCUUGGUUGAGACACUCAUGCAGAAUCAGGCCCCAAAGUAUUUCUGUUAAAAUAAUAGACUGUUGUCUGUGUGUUGGUGAUAUUUUGUGUCAUAACAGACUUUUUAUGCAAAUCAUGUAUACAGCACAAUGCUCUGUAUCAGAAGGGUCCUUUAAAAAAAAUACAAUAUAUUUUUCCAAAUACA